AUGGCCUUCUCCAACCAGACCCCAACAAUUGUUGUUCUCAAGGAAGGUACAGAUGCCCUGCAGGGCAAGGGCCAGAUCUUGAACAACAUUAACGCCUGUUUGGCUAUCCAGGAGACUCUUAAACCAACAUUGGGUCCCUUUGGAUCGGAUAUCUUGAUCAAGUCAUCGAACGGUAAAACCACCAUCUCCAACGAUGGAGCCACCAUCUUGAAAUUGCUUGAUAUUGUGCAUCCCGCUGCUAAGAUGCUAGUGGACAUCUCACGUGCCCAGGACGCUGAAGUUGGCGAUGGCACCACUUCGGUGACCUUUUUGGCAGGAGAGUUCUUGAAGGAGACCAAGUCAUUUAUUGAAGAUGGCAUCUCGCUGCGUCUCAUCACGAAAGGAUUGAGAAAAGCCUGUGAGUUGGCUGUCAAGAAGAUUGAAGAGAUUCAAGUGGAGAUCAAGAAGGAAGACACUUCUAAUUUCAGAGAUCUUUUGGAGAGAUGUGCCAAGACGGCCAUGUCGUCCAAGUUGAUUUCUAAAAACUCCGACUUCUUCACCAAAAUGGUCGUGGACGCUGUAUUGACGUUGGACGACGACUUGGACGAGAAGUUGAUCGGCGUCAAGAAAGUUCCUGGUGGAGGCAUGGAAGACUCGCUUUUCGUGGACGGAGUGGCAUUCAAAAAGACCUUCUCUUACGCUGGUUUUGAGCAGCAACCCAAGAAAUUCACCAACCCCAAAAUCCUCAAUCUCAAUGUCGAGUUGGAGCUAAAAGCUGAGAAGGAUAACGCUGAGGUGAGAGUGGGCCAGGUCAAGGACUACCAGGCUAUUGUCGAUGCCGAGUGGCAAAUCAUAUUCGAUAAGUUGGAGGCCAUCAAGAACUCUGGCGCCAACAUUGUACUUUCCAAGUUGCCCAUUGGUGACUUGGCCACGCAGUAUUUUGCCGACAGAGAUAUCUUCUGCGCUGGCCGUGUGAGCAGCGAGGACAUGGACCGUGUCAUCAAAGCUGUGGGAGGCUCCAUCCAGUCCACAGUCAGUGGUAUCAGCGAGAAGGAUAUUGGCACAUGUGCGGAGUUUGAAGAAAGGCAGAUUGGAGGCGACAGAUACAACUUGUUCCGUGGAUGUCCCGAGGCCAAGACAUGUACGUUGGUUUUGAGAGGAGGAGCCGAGCAGGUGAUCGCUGAGGUUGAAAGAUCCUUACACGAUGCCAUUAUGAUUGUGAAGCGUGCGGUGAAGCACCGUACAAUUGUAGCGGGAGGAGGAGCCAUAGAGAUGGAAGUGUCGAGAUACUUGAGGGAGUACUCCAAGACCGUUGCUGGCAAACAGCAAUUGAUUAUUGGAGCGUUUGCUCGUGCGUUGGAGAUCAUUCCCAGACAGCUAUGUGAGAAUGCCGGGUUGGAUGCCAUUGAGCUCUUGAACGUAUUGAGAAGCGCUCACGCCAAGGGAGAGAAAUGGUACGGGAUCGACUUCCACAAGGAGUCUGUGGGAAACAACAUGGAGAGCUUUAUCUGGGAGCCAUCGCUUGUGAAGAUCAACGCGCUUCAGUCGGCCACGGAGGCAGCGACAUUGUUGCUUUCUGUGGACGAGACGAUCAAGAACCUGGAGUCGGAACAGGCGGCCGCGGGACGCGGGCGUGGAGCCUAUUAA